AUGAAAAGAACAAAAAUGGCUGUAUUUUCAGAGUUUCGCAAAGCCAAUGCGUACAAGACUGCAUUAUGUCAAGCUUUCAAAGAAAGCGGGUUCUGUAGCUACGGACCUGCCUGCCGUUUUGCGCAUGGUGAACAAGAGCUCAGGCUUCCUCCGCAGACUCAUCCAAAAUACAAAACUCAACUCUGCAACAAGUUUGCUUUAUUUGGACGAUGCCCUUACGGACCUCGGUGUCAAUUCAUUCACCAACGUCCUAACCAUUCAAACCAUUUUUUUCAGAAUCUCGACGAUGUUGGUCGUUCUCAGAACUCCGGCAAAGCAGGACAUCCAUUGCAGAUCAGUAGCGGUGAGGGAACUUCAAUAAAAAAGUUGGUAUUGUACCGCAGCACUUUGUUCAUGUGGUGCUAG